AUGGCUCCCCCCGUUGCUCAGAAACCCUACCUGAAACUCGAGCGUGAAUUGCUCUCCUGCUACGCGGACGUGGCGCCGUCUCUACCAGGCGAACUGCAACGGAGAGCAACAGAGAAGUUACGCAAUUCGACUCGUAGUAUUCCACCAGGGCUCCAUGAGUCCGGUUUACUUAAAAGUCUAUCUCUGACGCAAAACGUGCGGCUUCAUGAGGAGAAUCCGUCCAAGCGGUAUGGAUUUAAACAAUUCUGGCGAGAUCUAUGGAACCGGAAUGAUACUGCGACCGGCUAA